AUGCUGAUAGAGACAGGUUCAUCAAAAGCCGGGGCAGACGGUAUCACUCUGCUGAAGAACCAAAAUGAUGUUCUGCUCAUAGAACAGGGGUCCGCGGUAGCCAUGAUCGGUCAGCACUCGUGGUCUGACGUGCUCGGCGGCGGCAGCGCACGCGUUGAUGCACUGCACGCGAUACCGCCUGUCCAGGGCUUCCGGAACCUUGUUUUCACAACCUUCGAGGCCCGCGGCGUUCCCGUGUUCGGAGCCGUCCCUCAUGCCGACCCGAGCAUCGUCUUCCCUCGCGAUCGCAAGACUGUCUCGUCGAGGCCAGUGAAAGUAAAAUGGUUCAACGGACCAAUCGUCGGCACGAAUCUCGCCCACGAGGAGACCAUCCCGCAAGCCGAGUACAUGAUCAAGGAAAACACCGGCCGCGCAACGCUCAACAUUGACAGCGAGCUCGUGUUCGACCGUCGGAAGGAGACCAAGCUGCGCUCAGAAUCCUUCUACUUCUUCAAGCAGCACCUCGAAAGGGGCGCCGCUACGGAAUCAAGCUCGAGUCCUGGGCCUGCGACCCCGCCACCCUCAACGCAGCACCGAUCUUCGGCAAAAUGUUUUCAAGGCAGCGCCGUGCGGUUCCACGAGGAAAUCGGCCUGGCCCGCGCAGGCCGAAGCCGCCGAGGCCGUUGCCGCUAUCGUGACCGCAGCGCGUCGAGGACGGGUCUCCGUUCGGGAACCUUCCUGCCGGCGAGGACAGUCUGCUGCGGUACGAAGAGGGUUUGGAUGUCCGGUAUCAAUGUCAUGAUCGCCCCGGGAACCCGGCGUCUCUCUUCCCCUUUGGUUUCGGGCUGUGGUAUACGACAUUUCGCGUGA